GAAUACAUUUGCUAGUGCAGUACGCAGCAGCAGCAACAGUGUGGUGCUCUGGGUCUCCAGCUCUGCCUCAGGCUCGCUGAACAUCUGCAAGACAAUUUUUUUAUGUUCUGUAAAUGAAUGCUGCCUAAUUGCACCAGGAAAAUGGGCACAGGGGAUUAUAUCUGCAUUGCUAUGAGCGGAGGGGCGCCUUGGGGCUUUAGAUUGCAAGGUGGAAAGGAGCAAAAGCAGCCUUUGCAAAUCGCCAAGGUUCGCAACAAAAGCAAAGCAGCUAAGGCUGGCCUGUGUGAGGGGGAUGAGGUGGUGUCUAUCAAUGGCAAACCUUGUGGAGACUUAACCUACGCUGAAGUUAUCGUUCUGAUGGAAAGCUUGACUGAUGUCCUGCAGAUGCUUAUCAAGAGAUCCUCCAGUGGAAUAAAUGAAACUUUGAGUGCUGAAAGAGAAAAUGGAAAGCAUGAUAACGUAAAAAAUGAGGACUAUAGGGAGAGCACUACACUGCAGAUUAAUACAGCCAAAGAGAUACCCCAUGGAGAUUUGUGCAUCACAGAGAUAUACAGUGAGACUCACCAGGGAGCAGGAGAAAGCAACAUACACUUUUCUGAAAUGAAACAAGAGACCACACAAAGUCACAGAAUUACUCCUAAAGUGAUAGGCACCUCCAAAGCGCAUGUGACUGAUGAAUCUGUUUUCAGAGGGAAGAUAGAAGAAAGAAGGCCAGGCAAUAUGGUUGAGUUGCAGUUAUCCCUCUCAAAUGAUGGUCACAAGAGCACCAACGCUCCUGCUGUGACUCUCUUAGGGGCAGAAAAAUGCACCCCUUCAGGAAGAGGACUCAGUGUACAAGAAGACGGGACCAACCCUGUAAUCGCAAUUCCCCUGAGUGUAAAAGAGGGCAACAUCCAGUGGUCAAGCAAAGUAGUCCAGUUUUCUAGUAGCAAAGAGGUCAAGAUGAUCCAAAGCGCAGCUCCAUCUAUCCCCAGGGUGGAGGUGAUCCUAGACUGUUCAGACAGAGAAAAAGAAGCACCCAAGUCUCUGGCUGAAAGGGGGUGUGUUGAUUCUCAAGUGGAAGGAGGGCAGUCAGAAGCACCUCCUUCUCUCCCCUCCUUUGCAAUCUCAUCAGAAGGCACAGAGCAGGGAGAAGACAACCAGCACUCGGAAAGGGAUCACAGACCUCUCAAGCACAGGGCAAGGCACGCAAGACUCCGGAGAAGUGAGAGCCUGUCAGAGAAGCAGGUUAAAGAAGCCAAAUCUAAAUGUAAAAGUAUUGCAUUGCUGCUGACGGCAGCUCCCAACCCCAAUUCCAAGGGGGUGUUGAUGUUCAAGAAGCGUCGGCAAAGGGCGAGGAAAUAUACUUUAGUCAGCUACGGGACUGGGGAGCUGGAACGUGACGAAGACGAGGGUGAAGAAGGUGAAGUUGAAGAGGGAGACAAAGAAAAUACUUUUGAAGUGAGUUUACUUGCAACAAGUGAGUCAGAAAUAGAUGAAGAUUUCUUCUCUGACAUUGACAACGACAAGAAGAUUGUGACAUUUGAUUGGGACAGUGGUUUACUUGAGGUUGAAAAGAAGACAAAAAGUGGAGACGAGAUGCAGACGCUUCCAGAGACAACAGGUAAAGGAGCCCUCAUGUUUGCCAGGAGACGGCAGAGGAUGGAUCAGAUUACAGCCGAGCAAGAGGAGAUGAAGGCACGCACAGUGCAUGCAGAGGAACAAAGGGAAGUCACGGUGUCAGAGAACUUCCAGAAAGUAAGCUCCUCAGCAUAUCAAACAAAAGAGGAAGAAAUGUUAAGCCAGCAACCCUGCAUAAGCAAAAGCUAUGCAGAUGUGAACCAGAAUGAUGGUAAAAUUGUACAACAAAAUGGGUUUGGCUUAGCACCAGACACAAGCCUCUCUUUUCAGUCUUCUGAGGCUCAAAAAGCAACAUCUUUGAACAGAACAGCUAAACCCUUCCCUUUCGGGGUUCAAAACCGAGCAGCUGCACCAUUUUCACCCACGAGAAAUGUCACUAGUCCUCUUUCAGAUUUACCAGCACCACCUCCCUACUGCUCUAUCAGCCCACCACCAGAGGCUUUAUACAGACCUCUAUCAGCUCCUGCAGCAAGCAAAGCUGCGCCAAUUCUCUGGUCACACACAGAGCCAACCGAACGCAUAGCAUCCAGAGAUGAGAGGAUUGCAGUGCCAGCCAAAAGAACUGGGAUACUGCAAGAAGCAAAGAGAAGGAGCACAUCAAAGCCUAUGUUCUCUUUCAAAGAAGCACCCAAAGUAAGUCCAAAUCCUGCCCUGUUGUCCCUUGUACACAAUGCAGAAGGCAAAAAAGGUUCUGGAGCUGGUUUUGAGUCAGGACCUGAAGAAGACUACCUCAGUUUGGGAGCAGAAGCUUGCAAUUUCAUGCAGAGUCAAGCAUCUAAGCAAAAGGCCCCUCCUCCUACUGCUCCAAAGCCUUCCCUCAAGGUCUCUCCUGCUGCUGGUACCCCAGUUUCACCCGUUUGGUCACCAGCUGGGGCUUCUAACAAGGCUCCUUCUUUCCCAACUCCAGCCUCACCGCAGGCAGCAUACCCUGCACCACUCAAAUCCCCACAGUACCCUCAUUCUCCCUCUGCCAAUCCUCCGAAUACUCUCAACCUAUCAGGUCCUUUCAAAGGGCCACAGGCAACCCUAGCGAGUCCAAACCACCCAGCCAAGACACCAACCACCCCAAGUGCUGGAGAAACAAAACCCUUUGAGAUGCCGCCAGAGAUGAGGGGAAAAGGAGCACAAUUAUUUGCCAGAAGACACUCUCGAAUGGAGAAGUAUGUGGUUGAUUCAGAGACUGUGCAAGCAAACAUGGCACGAGCCCCAUCUCCAACUCCAUCUUUACCAGCUUCUUGGAAAUAUUCAUCUAAUGUCCGAGCACCUCCACCUGUUGCUUAUAAUCCCAUACAUAGUCCAUCUUAUCCUCCUGCUGCCACCAAGCCUUUCCCUAAGUCCACUGCUGCUACUAAAAACACCAAAAGAAAACCUAAGAAAGGUCUCAAUGCUUUGGAUAUUAUGAAACAUCAACCUUAUCAACUUGAUGCAUCGUUAUUUACUUUUCAACCUCCUAGUAAUAAGGAAAGUCUAGCUAUUAAGCAGAUACCAAAGUUGCCCAUUUCAAAGCAAGCUACAUCCUUACGACUGCCUGGUUCUGCAUCUCCUACAAACGUCCGGGCAUCUUCAGUGUACUCUGUGCCAGCCUACAGUUCGCAACCGUCGUACCAAUCAAAUGCCUCCACCCCAGUAAAUGAAUCAUAUACGCCGACAGGCUAUUCUGCAUUUUCUAAGCCAGAAUCCACUACAUCCUCUUUGUUUACUGCUCCGAGGCCAAAAUUUUCAGCAAAGAAAGCUGGCGUCAUUGCACAGGAUCCUCAUCCAGAUUUCCUAGCUUGCAGAAUGCAAAGUGAUUGGUUAUAAAAAGAUCCACUUUUCCAGUAUUACCUUUCUCAAAAUACAAUGAUACAACUUUGUCUGAAGUUAAAUGCCCAGGAUUCCACUGAUCGUUUUGUGAGUUCAGCAUGGCAAGUGCAAACCUUAAUUACACAGCUUGGCAAAAUGCUAUUUUAAAAUGAAUCUGCUCAGUUUGAACGAGAAAUGUUAUACAAAGAAGAAAUUCAAUGACAAGAUAUUAAAAAAACCUGUGGAUUCAGAAUCUUUGAACUUACUGCUGGUAGAAAUGUUUCUUGGGAAAAUAUGUGAGCCUGGUAUUUACUUGGUGCCACCUUCACAAGUUCAUAGUACCCGUGACAAGAACUGUACUUGAUCAUAAACAUUACUUCUGCGUGUUGUUACUGUUGGGAGGAGCUGGAAUCAUUCAAGAGCUAUGCUUGACAAGUGCUUUUUAGGCUGGAGCCUUACUCCAGAAAGAACUUCAGGAUUUUUAUCAGAUGAUUAAAAAGUAAUCCUGAAGCUGAAGGAAAUACUGUGUUGGAAGGUUCGCUACAGAAACAGAUUUGAGCUCUUGUUUUACAAGCUAGGGCUAACCACAGAAUGAUGUUUCUGUGGUUUAACUGUCAGCAUCCUUGAGUAAGGCAGGCAAAGACUUUUAUAGAAGAUGCUAAUCAAUUCUCCUGUUACUCUGUAGUUUCCAGAGGAAAAAAAUCUAUUCUUGCUUGUAAUGAUCUUGACAAACAGUUUUUAAUUUCAAUGCAUGUGAAACCAUCACAAAGUUAUGUGGUGGUACUGUAUAACAGUAACUGUAUGCUCCCAUAAGCUGAGGAAACAGCUCUGAGAAAAAUAGCUUACUGAACCCAUGCGUACAGACGGACUAAGUAGAUUAGGGCUUUGUGAGCAGGUUAUUCAGUAUAUCAGGACAAAGAGUUUUCAAACUUGUUUGAAGAAUCCUUGAUUCUUUCUUAUGGUUUGAGACUGAUAUCUUGAAAAGGUAAUUCCAGACAAUUGAAAGAUACAUUGCUGCAAAAGUAACACAUUGCCUGCCAUUGUUUUUUCUCAUAGAAUUUCCGACUCAAUUUAGGGCAGACAAUGGUACCGCUCACCUAAUGAACAGCCCUUCACUAAUUUGUAUUGACCUUGUUCUGUGCAUAGCACCAUCCCUUAUAUAGCACAAGCUCUUCAAAGUAUGCUUUUCAUGCUGAAUGACUUAUUUCCACAAAGCUUUUUUGGUUAGCAUUUAGUUGAUUCAGAAGCUGUAAUUUGUUUUUCCACUACUGCACGAAUGAGUAAAUGAAGAUGGAGGCAUUGGUAUUAGGAUAGCAUUAGCUUCCCAGUUCAAGACACUUAGCAUCAAGGCCAAUAGGAUGUGAACCAGUCACUGUGCAAAAGCAUAGUUCUCCUUAACAGUCUGUGAAUGUUCACAGAUUACACUUCUCCAGGUAGAAUUCCAGAAAAGGGAAUCCUCAAUGACCAGACAGUGAAAAUGCCUUUCCCACAAUAGUGUAAUGUUACUUUGUUACAUUACCAUACAAUUUGCUAAAAGAAAUGCUAAAACUGCACUGGAUGGGGCAGCGGUGCUAAAAUUUAAUAAAAAUUUGUAUGCACUGGGCAAUUAUGUUUACAUUUCAUAAUUUUUGAAUACUUAUCUUCCAUAUUUCAUUCCAUUGCUUCAAAGUAACUUUGUGUGUUUAAGAUCCAAAGGGUUUUUUUAGAACAAACCAAGCCUCAAAAUACUAUCAUACAGGUCACUGUUACCAGCAGGGUCCUCCAGCAUGGCUUGGACCACCAAUUGCCAUCAUGCUACUUAAAUCCUAGAAUGGCCUGGGUUGAAAAGGACCACAGCGAUCAUCUAGUUUCAACCCCCUGCUAUGUGCAGGGUCGCCAGCCACCAGAGGCUGCCCAUGCCCCCACUUGUUGACACCUGGCUGUGAAUCCGCACCAGGAGGAUGGCACACUUUCCAGUGGGGCUCUUAAGUUUUUUCUGACAUCAGUGAGAUCAAGGAAGGGCACACUCCAUCCCUCUGGGGAAGAAAUUUUUCUGGAGUUCUGAAGGAAAGUACACAGCAGUAAACAUAGGCUCUUUUCCCCAGGUAUAUCUUCAUGGCCCCAUUUCAUUCUAUUUUUUUCUUGGCCUGGCCUCCUCCUCAUAGCCUAAUUGCAAACUAAACAGGUCAAUUUUCUAUUCCUUAAGUUUCUCAUCAAAGCCUAUGAAACUUGGCCAGUUUGACAGCCAGGUGUCAACAAGUGGGGACAUGGGCAGCCUCUGGUGGUUGGCAACCCUGCACAUAGUUUACCUAACCUCAUCACUCUCCAAGCCAGUCCCGAAUACAGUUUUCCUUCUGUAUCAAGUAUUACUAUUGUGUAAUUUUAUUUUGGCCAGACUUUCCUCAGUCCUUCACUUGCUGGUUUCUUCCACUCUGCUGAAAUUAUUCUUGCCCAAUAUAUUCCAUUCAGAUGUUUUCCCUUUCAAAGAUGCUUUGGCCCAACAGGAGGUCUUGAGUUAUGUCAAGAGGCAGGUGUGAUGUGAAGCACACCUCAGUCCUUAACAGUGAUUGUGCAGAGCCCAGUAUUCAGACCCAGUGUUGUGAAGACAGAUAUGCAUCAUGUGUCUACACACAGAACUUUUUGUGAACGAAAACACAGCUGCACAACAAAUGCCAGAGCUAUGAUACACCUCAGUGGCUUCUCCAGUCUGUGGAAAUACACAUAGCCUGCAGGUCUCCCAGGUAGAGCAGGACACUGCAGGAACUGGGAAACAGAUAAGGCAUUCCUAUUGAGCCUCACAUUCCUGAUGAACCUGUGUUACCUAAAAUUACUGGACUGCUUGGUCUGGACAUAGGCAAGCAUUAGAAUAGAUGUAUGAGACGCUUCAGAUUCAAAGAUCAGUCUCAAAGCAGUUCUAAAGCAUAAAGCAGUACUACUUAUAAAGGAAAAGGAGUCUAGAAUUUUUUUGCAUCUGUAUGCCUUUUUUUUCUUUUCUUUCUUCUUUUCCUAUUUUCACUCUUUGAAGUGAUUGAGCCACACGGGUUCACUCGGUUAAAAUGUAAUUCAGGGGGCUGAAUCAUUUGAGAUGAAAUAAAUAAGAAAAAUAACCACAAAAAAGAGGAUUUUGGUUUGAAAGAUUUCAUAAGGAAAUUAUAUGGACCAGGAUAAAUUAUCUUUUCACUUGGAAAUGUUCAGAAGAAACAAUGCCACCAUCUCCAAGAAGUACAAUUAGUUCAGUAUUUUCUUGAUUUCAUUUUAGAAAAAUAUCAGUAACCUUCCCUUAAUAUUAAACGCUUUUGUCGUCCAUACAAAAUAGAAAUGUCAGAAACUGAGACCAACUUUGCACUUGUUUUCAAACUUCUAUUCAAAAGGAAGCAAGGCUUCGUGCUCUAAGGCCUUGGGAAUUGUAUAAUAUUUAAGUCCAGAAGAUGGCAGCAAAUGUUCUUUCUUAAGGGAAAUAAACUGUCCAUUCCAACACCCAAGGACCAAAAUGUUGCAUGCCAAUUUUAUUAGUUUCAUUUUGCCUGCUACAAAUUAUUUCCAGCAUUUUUAAUUUUAUUCCCUUUAAAAAAAAUAAAAACUGUAGUUAUAUUGUAAAGUAGGCAUGGCAUUUACAGCAAAGUUGGCAGCAUUUCAGAGAAGUUGUUUUUUUUCACUAUAUAAAGUUUAAAUCUUAAAUGCUUUCAGACAAAAAAAAAGCAAAAAUAAGCUUAGUAACGUCUUCUUUCUAUAUAUUGGUCAAAUUAAAAAUCUGAAAUGCUUGUUCUUCAAAAAAUUGGAAAGAAUGAAAGAAUUGAAACUAUAUAUAUAUGUCUAAAUCAGGUAUUAUUUAUUUUGUCCUACCAUCUUCUCAAUGUUCUCUAACUGUAGUAGCCAUUACAAAUCAAUAAAAAACAAAGUGACAAACGUAACCCUCAACUUUUAUAAAGACAGAGUCAUUCCACAGCAGCCAAUUGUUUUAACCACUUCCUUUUCCUUUGUUCCCAUUCAGUGUAAACAUUAACCAGAUGCUAACGUUAACUCUGAUUUGAACUUGCUUAAGCCUCAUGAUUAAAAUGAAAAGAAAAAAUAAAAAUGCCUUAAUGAUUUAGAAACCUAAGUCAAUCAUAUUACAUUUAUUUUAGUUUUACUUAUUAAUACACAACUCUUAAGUACUAACAAUGCUUACAAUAAAUGCAUCCUUCACUCACCAGUUUAUAAACAUCUUGCAUUUUUUAACCAGCAUUAGCUUGAAUCUUUUUGCACAGACACCUGGUCAGCAGCUCUUGCUAGUGUUCUAUGGCUACAAUGGACAGUUCUGAACUGCCUUUCCUUUUACUGACAUCCAGGAAUCAUUUUCCCUUUAAUAGCUACAGUAGAAAAAGCCUUGCCUUUUCUCAGAAGGAGGAAUAGAAGAACGCAAGUUAAUCACUGGAUGGCGUUCCCUUUUGUUUUGUAGCCUAACAACACCUUGUGUUCUGGUACAGUAUUAUUUUUAAUGUUUUACAAAAAGAGUACAGUAAUACAGUGUGUGAUAAUUUAAUAA